AAAUAUUUUAAACGUCUCUGUACUAACAUUAAAAAUUUUUUUAUUAAAGUACAAUUUUCUUCAAUAAUAAUGCACGCUUCAGAUUAUCCAUUAAUUCAAUCGUUUGUUGAUUUUUCCAAUACUACAACAGAUGAUUCUUCUAUUUUGGUUUCAACUGACGAUAAAUUAAAUGAAGUCAUUUGUAGUAACGUUUCAAGUUUUAGAUCUCUUAAUCAAGAGUUCAUUUGGUGUGAAGCUCUUGAAGGAUGGGUUAAAGCACAAAAACCAACGAUUGCUAAUUUUAGUGCAACUCCACAAUUUAAAGCUUCAGAUGAUGGGUUCUUGAAAGCUGUUGCCAACAUCGCUUGUACGGAGAUGGAAGAUUGUCAUCUUACUGUGAACCAGUUAAAAAAACUUGAAGCGGGUCUUGACGUUACUUAUUUAUCUACUAUGGUACCAGGAGGACAAUUUAUAGCUUUAAGAAUUCUUUUUUUUUUUCAAAAAGGUCGCAUUUCGUUUUUACGAAAAAAUCACAGCUUUAACGCUAAAAUGUGUGAAUUAAUAUCUUUUGAUACAACUGAAAAUGCUUUGGAUAAUAUUAUGGAAAGUCAUUUGGAGCUAAAGGCAAGUUUUCUUCAAAAUAAACCUGUUAUAUGGCUUCAAUUUUCUUCAACCGUUUUAAAAUUUUUAAAGAGGUUACAAAAAUUUAUUAUUCUUGUUUUCAAUGAUUCUUUUGAAUUAAAAGUCAUUGAGAAAGUCACUGAAAUGAUUUUAUCAACAUCCUUUUUAAAAUUUUUAAAAAGUCAAAAAAAGAAAAAGCUUUAAGUUGAUAGAAACCUAGUCUUGUUUUUCUUUAACGGCAAUGCAUCAAUUUUUAUUUUUAUACUUUUCCGACUUAUUCUUCAGAUUGAAUUCGGCAAUAUAACAUUUAUUUUUUUUUGUUUUUUAAGUAUUA